UGAAAAGGUAUACUAUAAUCACAUUUUUAGUUCAGAGUGUGUAUUAGACAUGGAAGAAGCUGUUCGAUGCUUGGUUUAAUAGUAAAUUCAGUCAGAGUUUUUAUGGUACAUUUGAUUGUGACAUUAUGAUCUUCAACUAGAGUUUAUGCUAGAGAGUUUAAAGAAAAAGGCCCGGCCUAUUAUAACAGUUUAGUGUAAAAAAAAAACAAUCCCAAACUAACGAAUGACUAGAAUCACUACUAAAGGAAUUUUAUAUUUAAGCAACGUUUUACACGACGACACAACAGCAAAGCUUGACUAAAUAAGUAUCGAGGUUGCAACGUACUGGUUGAACAGUGUACAGCACGUAACAUUGAAUGUUAAUUACGGCGUCUGGGUUGUAAUAGUAAGAACGUAUAUUCCGUAUUGCGAAACCAGAUUUUGCCCAAAUUGAACUUUGCCCCUUAGGCGUGCUGGUCAGGUUACUUAUAGAAUUUACGUGAAAACCUUUUGCGUCAACGUAGCACUUACGUCACGGUGCGUUUCUCCACACACGUGGUAGCGCGUCAUCCAAUACGUGCUGAGUUAUAAUUCGUGCGGAAGUUUUUUUUCUGUUCUUAGAAAAACGCUGACUAAUGCAGAACGACAGGCUUCCGUUAAAAACGUUUCUUUCAUUAAAUAUCCACUCUCACGCAAGUUUUAAAUUUACAUGUUCAUGUUUGCAUCGAAUAUUUUCGUUUUUUUCUCAUUUCUUUGUUUCUUUAUUAUCUUGCAUUCCUCCGGUGAAAGGAAGUGUUACGAAAUCUUGCCAAAGCUUCGUCUUACAAACCUGCGUGCCCUAAUUAACUUCCAAGUACAACAACAACAACGCUAGCCAUCGUUCGUAUAGUAAAUUUUAUUCAUUGUUUGAAUAACAGGUGAAAUACUGCGGGCUACAUUUAAAUAGGUACCGAAUGUACUUUAUUUCACGCAAUACUGAGGUAAAUUAAAACGUUUAUUCUAUAUGUAAAGUUAUUGCAACUUAACCGGUUUGUAUAGUAUGUUGGGGUAAGGUGUGUGUUAAUUGUUAAAAACAUGAAAUAUGGGAUAAUAUGUGCUAACGGUAUCCAUCUUACCCCACAUUAUUAUUGUAAUAUGUGAUAAAUUGAAAUAUAGCGCAAAAACGAGCUCGUAUUUUAAGCUGCUUCAUUGCAUUCAUUUUACUGUUUAUUCCAGUUCAAAUUACAGGUCAAAAUCUUGGUUAAUGUGGUUCGUCAUGGUUGCCAGUGUUGAGCAAUAUCUUUCAAAACUUAUAUCCUGUCGAGUAAGAAAUACUUCCGUUGCCGUAAUCCCCACUUGCGUCAAAACUAUUGCGUAAGAUCAUUCGUCACGUUUAGUCCUCUAUUUAAGCAGACACCGGUAUUCGAAUUUCAACUAUUUACUUUGAUCUGAUUCGACACACGAGCUGAAAGAUGUUCUGGACCCUGGCACUCGUUAUUUUAAAUGUGGUCUGUUACUCAAUUUACAGAAACCGCCGUCGGAGACGUGCAGGAGAACCUCCUUUGGUUUCACAUUGGAUUCCAUUUAUUGGAUCUGCUCUUGAUUUUGGAAAAGCACCUUUGGAAUACCUGCAAUCGUUACAGAAGCGUUUGGGAGAUGUAUUUACCAUAAAGCUGGCUGGAUGGAACGUCCACGUAUUUAUGAACCCGCAUGACGUGCCCAACCUUGAGAGAGCAAAAAACAUCGACCAUAAAAACGUGAUUGGUGAUUUCGUGUCACGUAUGGUAGGAGACGAGCAUAUGAUUCAUAACCCUGCUCGGCAUUCUGAUGCAGUUCCUAAAAUAUUGGAAUCGACGCUACGUAGCACCAUGCACCUCAUGACACUUUGUGAUUCGUGCACCAAUGUUUUGCCCAAGACGAUUAAAAGAACUUUAAAAAGCGAGUUUAAUUGUAAACGUGAAACGAAGAUCGGACUUUACGAAUUGUGCAAGAAAUUGGUGUCUGACAUGACACUUAACCUUUUCUUUGGAUCCAUCGCUUCGGACGAGAAAUGCAACGAAGAAACCAAACAAAUUUGCGAAGAAUUCUUCGUUUACUUUAAAUCGUCAGCACUUCUAGUUGAUCGAAUACCCAUCCACUUAUUGCCAGCAACUAAAAAGUCAAGGGGUCGCCUGUUUGAGUUACUUUCACGUUUCGAUUUUGAGAACCGAGAUAACGUGUCGGAACUUAUAAAGAAAGUCGCCGCUGUCGGCUCAAGUGAAGAAAAAGUUCGCCAUCUUUUAAUCAUUCUAUGGUCUGCACAAGCAAACACCCUCCCCGCUCUAUUCUGGACUUUAUUUUACAUCCUUAACGAUAAAACGGCGAGGAUUGACGUUUUGGAAGAAUUCGAAAAACAUUUAAGAAAAACAGUUCCCGCUUGUGACGUCAUAGGAACGGUGACUGACGACCUGAAGUGGCCGAACUUGAGCGACAUCCAGCGGAUGAGAAAAGGCGACGUUGAUAAAUUGGUCUUGUUAGACUCUUGCACAAAAGAAACCAUGCGAAUGACUGGAUCUAGCUUAGCGGCUCGCAGAGCACAUGCCGACACUACGGUAACAUUAGCCAGUGGUCAGGAAUACAAGAUACGUAAAGGCGACUACACGUCAUAUUUUGCCCCCGUCACCCACCAGGAUGCUGAUAUAUACGAUAAGCCAGAGGAAUACAGACAUAAACGAUUUUUACAACACGAUGAUAAAGACCCGUCCAUGUUAAAAUCUCGAACCCAAUUCUCGAAGAACGGGAAAAGAAUCAGUCCCUCAACGUCCAUUAUGACGUUUGGCUACGGCGCCGUUAGAUGCCCAGGUCGUCAUAUCGCUUUGAUGGAAAUUAAGUUUCUGACCUUGGUUCUAUUGAGACAUUUCGACAUCAAACUGGUUAAAAACUACUCGAGGCAAAGUGAAGAUUAUCCACAAUUUGAUCUCACUCAUUUGGGGUUUGGUGUCAUGCCGCCCAGCCGUGACGUGGACGUCACAUUGUCCAUAUAAGGAGAUCCGAAAAGCGGCGAUCGUAAGGAGAAAUGCUUGGAAGUGUUACAGCUGUAACUACAUGUUCCGCUCGAGCGUUAAAUGGUAGAGCGGGGAAUGUUUCUCUGCCGUGCAUAAUGUUGCGAGCACGGGUUAAGCCAUGUAUUAGCACGUCACGCUGAAAGGAUGCAGUGAGCUACAAACGAGAAAUGCCAAAUUAAAAUGUCGCCUGCAUCGAACGUUAUUUACGUUAUGCUGUGGGAUGAUCUAGCAGGGCCAAUUCUGGCCUGCAAAUGACUGGCACUUGAAUUGAAAUGCGUGCUAUAUACCUGCUACUUAAUAAACUGAUACUCUGUACAACGUUUUUUAUUCAAAAAAUCAAAAACUUACAAUUGCAAAAAACAAAACUUUUUACAUUAAAAAUAUAUCCACCGAUUAAAAAUUGUUCUUGCUUUAAAAAAACGCGAUUUUGGUAACAUUAAAAUAAUAAAAUGCGAUUGGGUAAAUUAUAUGACAAACAAAUGCGAUACAUACGCUGUACCUUAAAUUGCCAUGCACCUUAGGCUUCUGUUUA